UUGGGGAUUAGGGCCUCUGUUUGACUAAGAGCUCAGUGUUCGGCUGUGGGUGGUUUUGGUGAUGUUUUCUGCAUUUUCUAACAUCUGACUGUACUUACAGGGGGACUUUUCUCUCAGUAUCAGGUCGAGCUGUGAUCGGAUGUUUAAUCCCCCCAAAAGAAACUUCACAGCAGAGAUCUCAGUCUGACUUCAGCCCAGUGUUGUAAAACUGUCUUCAUCGUCCUCAGAGCACAAACAAUGAAACUGCUGCUGCCAUUUAUUCUCCUGACAGCCCGACUGACCACCGGUUACCGCAGCCCUCUGAAUGACUUCCAGCGCUCAGAGGGCAGAGAGCUGGUUCCCACCUCCUGGAACUCGGCUCGAGUGUCGUCGUUACCGGGCCUGAACCUGGAGGACUGUGCCACACGCUGCUCACAGUCUCUGGACUGCAGAGCGUUCAACUACGAGACCCGUCCAACUGUCUCCUGUAAACACCUGCCCUGGGUGGGUGACGGGAGCAACGCAGAGGUGAAGAGGAACGUGAACUGUGACCUGUAUGAGAAGAAGGUCUAUGUCAGGAAGUGCAUCGUAAGUAAAGGAGAAGACUACAGAGGGAAAGUCUUCACCACGAGAAGCGGGCUCACCUGCCAACAGUGGUGGUCCAAGUUUCCUCACGAUCACAGGUGGACUCCCACAGCUACCAACGGUCUGGAGUUGAACUACUGCAGGAAUCCAGAUGGGGAUCGGAUCGGCCCGUGGUGCUACACCACCGACAAUGAGCGACGUUAUGAAAGCUGCAACAUCCCCCAAUGCAAAGAUGACGUGUGUAUCACAUGUAACGGAGAGGACUACAGAGGGCAGGUCGACCACACUGUGAAUGGCAGAGAGUGUCAGAGAUGGGACCAGCAGUACCCGCACCAACACAUCUACCAGCCUGAAAAAUAUCCUGAUAAGAGUUUAGACGACAACUACUGCCGUAACCCCGACGCCUCUCCGGUGCCCUGGUGUUACACCACAGACCCUGAUGUGGAGAGGGAGAACUGUGAGAUCAGCAAGUGCACUGAGGUGCGGGUGGAGAAACGCCAGCGCUCCAGCUUCACCACCAACUGUUUCCGUGGCCGUGGGGAGGAUUACCGUGGUAAAGUCAACGAGACAACAUCAGGUAUCCCCUGUCAGCGAUGGGAUGCCCAACAACCUCAUGAGCAUCCCUUCUACCCAAACACAUAUGAAUGCAAGGGUCUGGAGGAGAACUACUGUCGUAACCCAGAUGGGUCGGAGGCUCCUUGGUGCUUCACAUCUGUGCCAGAGAUGAGGACCGCUCUCUGCUUACAGAUCAAACGAUGUGCAGACGACAUAGAGGCUGAAGAUUGCUACCAUGAAAAUGGAAAAAACUACAGAGGCAUGGUCCGCAAAACUCGUAAGGGGAUCACCUGCCAGAAAUGGAACGUCAACACACCUCACCUGACCAAGAUAAACCCAAGGACACAUCCUGAGGCGAACCUGACAGAGAACUAUUGUCGUAACCCAGAUGGGGACCAGCACGGACCCUGGUGCUACACCACUGACCCCAAAACUGAGUUUGACUACUGUGCCAUCAAACAGUGUGCUGGAGAGAAAGUGUCCAUGACUGAACCAGUAGAGAAGGUGGAGUUCAGUGAGUGCGGGAAGAGAGAUGACCGCCUCCCGAAGACGAGAUUGCGUAUCGUGAAUGGGGUUCCUGGGAACUCACCAUGGACAGUGAGCCUCAGAGACAGGAAAGGAAACCAUUUCUGUGGAGGAUCCUUGGUUAACCCCAGAUGGGUGAUCAGCACCAAGCAGUGUUUCUCCUCCUGCUACGUGGACCUGCCCGGGUACUCGGCCAUGAUGGGAACUCUGUAUCGUGAUCCACAAGAAGGAGAGCCUGGUGUGCAAACCAUCCCCCUGACCAAGAUCGUCUGUGGACCCUCAGAGUCUCAGCUGGUCAUGCUACAACUGGAAUCCCCGGCCCAGUUUAAUGAGCGUGUCUCUCAGAUCUGCCUCCCUCCUGAGCGCUACAUUGUAGCCGAGGGGACGAACUGUGAGAUCGCAGGAUGGGGUGAGACGAGAGGGACUGGAGAUGAGACUGUCCUCAACGUGGCCCACAUACCAGUUCUUAGUAACAAGGAAUGCAACAAAUACUUCAGAGGUCGUGUUCGUGAGAAUGAGAUGUGCACGAGCUCUUUCCAGGGAGGGGUGGGUGCCUGUGAGAGAGACUACGGCGGCCCUCUGGCCUGUCAGAACAGGGACUGCUGGGUACUCGAGGGUGUCAUCAUCCCCAUGAGGCGUUGCGGACACCCGGGGCAGCCCAACAUCUUCAUCCGAGUCUCUGUCUACGUGGACUGGAUCAAGAAGGUCAUGGAGAUGGCUUAGAGACAGAAACUGCCAUCCAACAGGGACUCAUCAAAUCUGCUGUCAAAGCCCUUAAGACCAGUUAUUCACUUAUUAACCAUAGACAUGUUCCUUCUCGGAUGUCUAUUUUGCAUUAAAAAUGUUAAUAAUACAUUAAAAUGUAUGGUCAGAUUUCACUACACAAGUUACAACAAGACUAUAUUAAAAAGACACAUACAUUCAUGGAGAAAAUGCAAAGACAGCACAGUAAUUUGUUACAGUAUAUCUGCUUUAACCCUCUAACACCUGGAUAUUUAAACCUUUGAACCAAGAGCAAAUUAGUUUGAUUUCUUUUGAAAACAUGGGAAAAAAAGGCAAUGAACAAGUUCACAAGAAAUGUCCCGCAUAUUGCAAGAAAUUAGUAGAUUUAGAAAAUUAUCUUUAAUAAAGUGGUAGGGGAAAUGUUCAGUAGACUAUAUUUAUAAUUAACACAAUUAUAUAUUUAAUUCAUAAUUUAUUUUUACAUAAUUAUUAUUAUUAUUAUUAUUAUUAUUAUUAUUAUUUUUAAGCACUUUUUUCCAGUUAAUUUCCUUUUUUCUGUCUAAUUUUCAGGUAAUUUUCUUGUACUUUUUACUAAAUUCUUGCUCAUUUUUGUCUCAUUUCUUCAGUAGUUGUUCAUUGCCUUCUUCCCACAUUUUUUUUUAGAUCCAAUUUGCUCAGGAUUUGAAAGAGUUAAAUACUUUUUUGUAUGCAUUUAUAUCUAGUGAAUUUUUCCAGCCAGAGUCACUAACUCUCAGUUCACCAGCAGGGACAUUUAAAGUCAUGAUGCCCUCGAUACAAGAGGCCAAAAUCAGACAGAAUAAGUACAAAACAAAAUAUUAUCAGAUGCAAAUAAUGCAGAGAUUUAACAUAAAAUGUAAGUAAAGUAAACUUUUCAUGAAGUCCCCCCAUUUAGUGUUUUUAUAAACAUUUAAUAAUGGUUUUAAAUAAACUAUAAUGCAGUUGAAAGCGGAUUUAAGGAGAUUUUGAGUGUUUAUUAAUGCACAGGAUUAAAACUUGUCUCAUAAAGACAUUUUUUAUUAUUACCACCAAAGGUUUUUUCAGU